AUGGGAUUGCAACUCUUGAAGAUAAGCUUGUUCUUUAUAUUACCUUUGUUUGUCAAUGUUAAUGCUUCUGAUUCACCAGAGGAAGCACGAGCUCUUCUGAAAUGGAAAGCCAGCCUUCACAGCAAAACCAAACCUCUCUUGCCUUCAUGGAUGACUCUUCAUCCUAAAACCAAAACCAGUCCUUGCUCUUGGUUUGGGAUUUCUUGCCAUGGUGGAAGGGUCACUGCAAUCAAUCUUGCCAAUUCAGGCCUAAAUGGCACACUCCAUGAACUCUCAUUCUCGUCUUUCCCCAAUCUUUCAUACUUCAAUCUCACCAUGAAUGAACUUCAUGGUUCAAUCCCAGAUGAAAUCAGUCAGCUCUCUGAACUCGUCUAUCUUGACUUGUCAAGUAAUCAGUUUACAGGGAAAAUCCCAUCAUCAAUUGGCCUGUUAAUGCAUAUUCAAGUCCUUAACCUCUCUGGAAAUAAGCUAAGUGACUCAGUUCCAGCAUCUUUUGGUGAUUUGAGCAAGCUGACUGAUCUGCAUCUCUACAAUAAUUCACUGUCUGGUUCCAUACCACCAAAACUUAGUCGUCUCUCGAAACUCGUGUACCAUGAUUUGCAGAAUGGUGGAGGUUCAAGUAAAACUCCAGGACCUGGUGGCAGGUAA